AUGGCGACGGCGGGUGACGGAGCGGCCUCCUCGUACGAAACCGGGGGAGCAGGUGGGAAAUUCCGUAAAAGACCUUUGAGAAGACCCCAGACGACGCCAUACGAUCGGCCACCUACGGCUCUCAGAAACCCUGGCAGAAAGAGCGACGGUUGGCUGUCGAAGCUCGUGGUGGACCCGGCUUCCAAACUCAUCUCCUCCACAGCGCACUACUUCUUCUCCACCGUUCUCUGCAAACGCCUCCCUCCUCCGCCACCACCACCACCACAACCACCAGAGGUGAACCAAGAACCUUGGGAGAGGCAUCACGAGGCAGUUCCCAUUGUAAGUUCAAAUGUUCCUUUUCACUACUUGGAUAAAUUUUAA